AUGGAUGGAAAGGAUGAAACGAGGAAAGAAGCGAUUUUCAUUGGACAAGAGAUGCCAGAGGAAGUCGAUUCGGUUGUGAAAGUGAAAGUGGAGAGUGAAGUGGUGGAGAGUCGAGUGAAUGAGUAUUCUUUCGAGACUGUUUCAAUUGCCACCGCUCCCGAUGAGCUCGUUCAUGAACAGGCAAAGAAACUCUUCAAGUUAUGCGAUCAAGAAUCAAGAGGAUUUGUCGUGAAAAUUGACCUCGAACACCUAAACGAGUUUCUCUCGCCCUAUGAUGUGGAACAACUCGAGAAUCGAAUCGAGAAAACCCCACAAAAGUUUUUCGAUGAGACGCAAUUUUUGAAAGUUCUUGCAACUCUUUUCUCGAAUGGAGAAAGCUCGCUGGCUGAUGAAUUGGCUGUAUUGGAGAUUGGGAAUGAAAUCAAUGAAAAAGUUGACGAAAAGAAAAGAGACGAAAAACCGAUGGACAGAUUUCAAAGUGCACCAUUGAUUUCGCCAAGUGAUGAGAUAUCAGUUGAUACUCUCGUGCAGAAUUAUGUGCAAAGUCAUCCACUGGUGGAAAGUUCGAACUCAAAAUUCCGUCCUGGCCCACCAACGGACGAGAUGAACCCAAUGGGACAAUCGUUGGCUGAUGAAUUGAGCGAAGCUGGCGUGCAAAGCAGCAGUCGAAUCCCACCAGAAUUGGAAAUGCGUGUCCCUGAUCGAAUCUUUAAAGUGGUUUUUGUCGGUGAUUCGGCCGUCGGAAAAACGUGUUUCUUGCACAGAUUUUGUCACAAUCGAUUUAAACCAUUAUUCAACGCAACGAUUGGAGUCGAUUUCACCGUGAAAACGAUUCAAUUGAAAGAUCGAUUGAUCGCCGUUCAAUUGUGGGACACAGCUGGACAGGAGAGAUUCCGAUCAAUCACAAAACAAUAUUUUCGUAAAGCAGAUGGAGUGGUUUUAAUGUAUGACGUCACUUCAGAGCAAUCGUUUUUACAUGUCAGAAAUUGGAUUGAUUCGGUGCGAGCUGGCGUUGAUGAUAAUGUUGUGAUGUGUCUUGUCGGAAACAAAGUAGAUCUUUUCGCAUCCGAACAACAACGAGAAUUGACAAGAAAAGCGGGUCGACAAAUUGCUGAAGAGUUUGGAAUGCUUUUCCAUGAGACUUCAGCCUACACGGGUUUUGGCAUAAAUGAGUGUAUGAUGGCAAUGGCCACACGCCUUCAAAAACGAGAAGAUGAUCACUUGGAGGAGGCACUCCGACUGGAAAUGGAGGUCACAAAUAGGAAGAGUUGGUGUUGUCUA